ACGUAGUCGGCACGCACACACAGAUACGCACACGUUCGGCAGGACGGCAGCGCCGCCGGUAGUAUUGUGCAAGUGUUACACGCACACACACAUACGUUAAUACGUAUUAUACACGCACGCACAUACGUCCGUGCUCAGAUCGCGAGCUGAGCUGACGUCUCCCGAACGAGUGUGAUUUUAUUUUACAUCGUCUCCCUCAUCCCGUCGUUCUGUAGAAGCUUUUCGUAGGUAUUUUAAUUUUUUUUCUCAAAAUCCAAUAGAUUCAAAUUCGUUUAAAAUCUUUUAAAAUCGCACUUGGGCACUUCGUCGUCGGCUGCCAUCAGCACGUACGACAAGUGCGGUCCACGACGUCCGCCGCGGGCCCGACAUUGAGCUACCACCGUCCACUGGCCGUCGUCUUUUCUGCGAGUACUCGUUCCCCUUUUCGUGCGCUCUCGUCCGCACUCGGGCAACUAAAACCUGCCCGGCGGUCAUUUGCGUGGAGAACAGAGUUAUCGAACACACUCUGAAAAAAAAAUAAAAUCAGAAAUAUAAAUAAAAGUAAUAGAUCGCCACCGUCCGCCGCGCGACCGUAGACGUGAGAGCGGGCGUGCGCGCGCGCGCGCUGGCGCGUGUGCGACACUGACUCACACGGCCGCUCGGUGAGAGCCGAGAAGUGUAGUCGUUGCUCCCACAGCGACGACGGUGGCCGCCGCGGACGUAGUCGGUGACGGAGAGGAAAACGCAUUCACCCACGGCGAUGGCGGGCAUUCAACAGGUCAGACCCGGCGCGGACGAUGGUGUACGUUGGACGCCGCCCCCCAGCACCACCACUGCCGCCGUCACACCCGGCAUCAAAAGCAAGACACAUCCGCCGCCUAUACGUACAAAUAUUGGAUUCUUUAACACGGAUAUAUUUCCAGGCUCUAUCGUGGAGCCUUCGCCGGGCAGAAGCCGCUCGUUGCCAUCUCCCCCAAUCCAAUGGAUAUCAUCAUCCACCAGGAGGAAACAUGGAUUGCAAUCCAGAGGAAGUGGUGGGGAGGACUUGCGUAUGACUGCAGAGCAAUGCGCUGGUGGUGGAGAACUGCAGAUUCGGAUCACUACCCUGCCGUCCCCGGGACCGCAAAGUCCGUCGGCCAGGAGUCAGCACUAUGAUCCGGAAUAUGCGAAAAUCGAAGCGUGGCUUGACGAGCACAGGGAAUUCGCUUACGAUUAUUUUCUCAGAAAAGCUACCAGAAAUAUCGUGGACGCCUGGCUCGUUUCACACGCUUCAGCCAGCAGCUGCGGUGCUAGUGGCGGCGCCGGUGGUGGCUGCGGAAGUGGUGGAGGAAGUAGCGGCGGAAACGCGACGAUGACGCCCACGGGCAUCGAACGACAGCAAUCCGUAGGCACGUCAGGUUGUAGUGGUGGAGGUGGUGGCAAUAGUGGCACCACCACACCGGUGCGAAAGAUAUCAGCACACGAAUUCGAACGAGGCGGCCUCAAGCCCAUGGUGACCACUGUGGACGGUACACCCACAUUCCUCGCGUCUUACGAACACCCGGACGAGACGACCACAGCACCGGUGGCAAGGAGACGGUCCAGACACGAGCUCCGGCAACUAGACGAAAAGCAGCUCAUUUUCGAAUUGGUGAAAGACAUAUGCAAUGAACUGGACGUGCGGUCGCUGUGCCACAAGAUCCUGCAGAACGUCAGCACGCUGUUGAACGCCGACCGUGGUUCUCUGUUCCUGGUCCAGGGCGGUGGCCUGUCGGCGUGCCAACACGACCACCACCACCGGCCCGCGAAGCGCGUGUGCAGCCCGCGGAGACCGCACGCUAGCAUAACCGUCGGCUGCCUGAGCAAAGACGACCAUUCCGCCACCACAGCCGCCACUGCCACCUCCAUCGCCUCCGGCACGUCUUCUACUAUAUCCGCCACGACUGCAUCCAGCGUGGCCGUGAAUGACGAACCGCACCUCCCAGAAGACCGCCCCGCAGUCCUCCACCCCCAACAGAACCAUCUGCACCACAUCCCCACGAACAGCAGCCAUCACCUCCAUCACCAUCACCAUCAUCAAAACAACAACAACAAUAACUACAGCCACCGCAACCUGCACCGUCAGUUGUCGUCUCCGUCGUCGUCGUCGUCGUUGUGCAACGAACGUGUUCCUAUUGCGUCACUCAACGCGCCGGCCCCGCAAGUGGCGGUUCCAGUCGAAGAAGCGGCCGUCGGGGGGCUGACUGUUGGGUCGCCGAUAGGGUCCACCAACGUCGGUUCGCUGCAGACGUCGAUGAACGCGGCUACCUCUCACCACUUCCAGGGCUGCCAGUCCAAGUGUUUGGUGUCCAAGCUGUUUGACGUGUGCUCGCGGUCCACGUUGCAGGAGAUGGAAAAGAAAAAAGAAAUACACAUACCGUGGGGCACUGGUAUCGUCGGAUACGUGGCCGAAAGCGGCGAACCCGUCAACAUACCAGACGCGUACAAGGAUACACGUUUUAACCACGAUAUCGAUGCCCGUACUGGUUAUAAAACUCACAGUUUACUGUGCAUGCCGAUCAAAGACUUCAAUGGGGAAGUAAUGGGUGUAGCACAAGUAAUUAAUAAAAAAAAUGCACCAUGCUUCACUCAAAACGACGAGAAAGUUUUCUCAGACUAUUUACAAUUCUGUGGCAUUGGUCUCAGAAACGCACAGCUUUACGAAAAAAGCCAGUUGGAAGUGAAAAGGAAUCAGGUACUAUUGGAUCUCGCGCGUAUGAUUUUCGAAGAACAGAGCACAAUAGAGCAUAUGGUUUUUAGAAUCCUCACCCAUACUCAAUCGCUUAUACAAUGUCAGAGGGUCCAGGUAUUACUGUUACAUGAGGCGUCGAAAGCGAGCUUUUCUCGAGUGUUCGACUUGGAAGCGAACGACUUGCAGGGGAAGGACAACGAGAGGACUAGCCCUUUCGAGAGCAGAUUUCCCGUCAACAUCGGUAUAACCGGUUACGUGGCCACUACCGGAGAGACUGUAAACAUUGCCAACGCUUACGAAGACAGCCGUUUCGACCAGUCUGUGGACGAAGACGCUGGAUUCAAACACUCCACCGUGCUGUGCAUGCCGAUCAAGAAUUCGUCCGGUCAAAUAAUCGGAGUGAUACAAUUAGUUAACAAGUUUGAUGAUCUCUUAUUUACCAAAAACGAUGAGAACUUCGUGGAAGCGUUUGCCAUAUUUUGUGGCAUGGGAAUACAUAAUACACACAUUUUAAUUCGUAGGUUCGAGAAAGCCAUUAUUGCCAAUGCAAAACAAAAUGUUACGUUGGAUGUGCUUAGUUACCACGCUUCAGCAUCACUGGAAGACGCACAAAAAUUGAGAGCUUUGCAAGUUCCAUCAGCUGUUACGUACAAUUUGUAUGAUUUUUCUUUUGAUGAUAUUUAUAUGAGUGAUGAUGAUACAUUACUAGCAAGCAUACGAAUGUUUAUGGAUAUGGAUUUAGUUGAACCUUUUCAUAUUGACUAUCAGGUCUUGUGCCGAUGGCUAUUAAGCGUCAAAAAAAAUUACCGAUCAGUAACAUACCACAACUGGAGGCAUGCAUUCAAUGUUGCUCAGAUGAUGUUUUCCAUUAUUACUGCAACACGGUGGUGGCAAGUUUUUGGUGACUUGGAAUGUCUUGCCCUCAUUAUUGCUUGUCUUUGCCAUGAUUUGGACCAUCGUGGAACCAACAACUCCUUUCAAAUAAAGGUUUCCUCUCCACUUGCACAACUCUACUCAACAUCUACCAUGGAACAUCAUCAUUUUGACCAGUGUUUAAUGAUAUUAAACAGUCAAGGUAAUCAAAUUUUAGGUAACCUAUCACCAAAUGAGUAUUCUCGCGUUAUAAAAGUAUUAGAAGAUGCUAUAUUAGCCACUGAUUUAGCUGUAUACUUCAGAAAACGAGGGAAGUUCCUAGAACUAGUCCGUACGGGUAUGUACGACUGGACCAGAGAAGAAGAUAGAGAACUUUUUAGAGCCAUGUUAAUGACUGUGUGUGAUUUGGCCGCCAUAACCAAACCAUGGGAGAUUGAAAAACGAGUGGCUGAAUUGGUGACUAAUGAAUUUUUUGAACAGGGUGACAUAGAAAGAAGAAAAUUUAAUAUCACACCUAUUGACAUAAUGAAUCGAGAAAAGGAAGAUCAGCUUCCAAUGAUGCAAGUUGGAUUCAUUGACUCAAUUUGUUUACCCAUAUAUCAGGCAAUUGCUGAUCUGUCAGAGAAACUUGAGCCAUUAAUUGAAGGGGUACGACAGAACAAAACACAUUGGCUAGAAGAAUCCCAACAGACGUAUCAUCCACAAAGUCACAAUUAGAUGUGUAAUACAAUAAUGUAUGAUACUUUGGUAUUUCUAUGUGUUAGUGUGUGUCUAUGUUUGAUUGUGUGUGAGUGUGUGUGUGUGUGCCCCGUAUUUCCAAACUAGACAAUGUCCACACUAUUGAUAAAACCAAUCUACCUAACUUCCUU